AAUCCGAACAGCUUGUGAGGCUGCUGCUAGCUAGCCUAGCUUUGCUACUGAGCAAUGACAUGCUUUGAUGUAGAAAUGCUAUUCCAACGGGGCACAGCGUCUCAUCAGCUAGGCUAGCUUGUUGGAGUGGAAACAUAACUGGCUGCUAGCGUGGAUUCUGGAUAUCGUUUGUGUGACGCUUCUAGACAUUGAAUCAUUCUUAAAGGAGAAAAAGAAGAGGUGGCCAUCAGCAAUCAGGUCUACAGAGAAGUAUCAGAGCCCUUGAAGUUCUCAGCUUUGAUGCAGUACAGUGUACUGAGUGCAAGAUGACGGACGAGGUGAUUGUCAUCGCCAAGUUCGACUACAUGGCCCAGCAGGACCAGGAGCUGGACAUCAAGAAAAACGAGCGCCUCUGGCUCCUCGACGACUCCAAGUCCUGGUGGAGGGUUCGAAAUGCCACCAACAAAACAGGCUUUGUGCCGUCCAACUAUGUGGAGAGGAAAAACAGCGCCAGGAAAGCGUCUAUUGUCAAGAAUCUCAAAGACACACUCGGAAUUGGGAAGGUGAAGAGCAGAAAGGGGGGGAUGAGAGACACGGCCUCCAAUGCAGACUCGGACAUGUAUGCGGAUAACGGCGAGCGGCUGUACGACCUCAAUCUUCCCGCCCUGGUCAAGUUCAGCUACACAGCCGAGCGCGAGGACGAGCUGUCUCUGGUGAAAGGCACGCGGGUGGUGGUGAUGGAGAAGUGCAGUGACGGCUGGUGGCGCGGCAGCUACACCGGACGGUCUGGCUGGUUUCCGUCCAACUACGUAACGGAGGACGUGGAUGGGACGGCGGGGGGAGGGGGCAUGGGUGGACUCGGAGACCCGGCCGGAUCGCUAACGGAGAAGCUGGCGGCCGUGGUGCACAGCACCUCGAACGGGAACAGAGUGCUGCACACGGUCCAGGCGCUCUACCCUUUCGGCUCGGGCAACGACGAGGAGCUGAACUUUGAGAAGGGCGAGGUGAUGGAGGUCGUGGAGAAGCCCGAGAACGACCCGGAGUGGUGGAAGUGUCGCAAAGCGGACGGACAGCUGGGCUUGGUGCCUAAAAACUACGUCACUGUGCUGGACUCCACCUCCCAUAAGUCCGCAGCAGGGCCUGCCGGGCCGCCCACACCUGACUGUGACUACAUCUCGCCCUCAACCGUCGGGCGCUUCGCAGGGAAGGAGUGGUACUACGGAAAGGUGACGCGCCACCAGGCGGAAGUGGCCCUCAACCAGAGAGGCAUAGAAGGGGACUUCCUCAUCCGAGACAGCGAGUCAUCGCCAAACGACUUCUCCAUCUCCCUGAAGGCGCAGAGCAAGAACAAGCAUUUCAAAGUGCAGCUGAAGGAAACCCUUUACUGCAUUGGACAGCGCAAGUUCAACUCUAUGGAAGAGCUUGUCGAACACUACAAAAAGGCCCCCAUCUUCACCAGUGAGCAGGGAGACAAACUGUACCUGAUCAAGGCUCUGGCUGCGUCCUGAUCCCUCUCUGUCACACACCUGCACUUCCACGCAGUCACACACAAGCCUAUACAUUAACUGCAUCCAUAUAUAUAUACAUACAGAUAACUUACGCCAGAACACACACUAACAUUUAAACUCCAAGCCUGAGGACUUGACACAUCGUCAGGACUUAAAUGCCCGAUUUGUGAGCAUUCCAAGAGGAGGUAUGGAAAAAGCAUGGGAGAGACACGGAGGAAUGGAAGGGGAGACAAAAAGACAAUGGACUCCUGAGAGUUGACUACAGACCUCUUGGUCGCCUAUUUUAAAUUAUCCAGAUGUGUUAGGUCAUAGGCAAUGCCAUGUAUUUCCACCUUGAUAUCUAUUAGAGUUGCAUUUAGUUUUUUUUUUUUUUUUUUUUGUUAAUAUAUAAUCUUUUUAACAGUUUCUUUUAAAAGAAUGUGAUUUUUUUUUUUUUUUUAAACUGUAUCCAAUACACAACAACCGUAUGAGGCAUUUUUGAAGGUGUUAGCAACCUCGCAUACAGAAGUCUACAUUUCAACUCGUUUUAUUGUGUCGUCUGUCUUCAUUGGUUCUUUUAUGAUUGUGGACACAAUAAUCCACAAACUUCUGCUAACUGCUAAUCAUGAAUAAAACAUUCAAGUGACCAAAAUAUAUUUAUUGAUACAAUUCUGUUAGGAUCACGGUGGUAGAGAUUUGGAAUAUCUGCGGUCGGGAGGAGUCUGAAGGAUUCCUCUUGAGUCAAACUAGUUGUUCAGCUUUUGUUUUUGAACUGCUUGUCUCACAUAUUGCUGUAUCCAUAUCAUGUGAAUGUUACAAAGCCGAGGCAUCACAGACGGUGUGGGGGGAGGGGAGGGGGCGUUGACUUUGCAUGCGUCCAUGCAAACGGAAAAGUGUCCUCACGCUGUUAUCUCCCGAAAAGAGAAAUUGACAGUCCACAUGAGUGAUGAGGAGUUUGUCCAUGUGGUCAUGUGAAGAGUCAGAAAGUACUUUCCCCUCAUAGUCAGGAGGAGGGACAAUUCUCUGGAGAUGACGAGGAAAAGAGGGGCGGCUGUAGGCUGCCAGCAAGCGCGGCUUCCAAACACCCGCCAGUUCUUCGGAGCUGCGAGGGGAAAUGGAGGACCGGUCCAGAGGGUGAUGUCAUUGCUCCUGAAUUAGUGAUCACCGGAGCAGUUGCGAGGUCACCCAGGGGUCGUGUUUUGUGCGGUUGCAGCGCAUAUACAUGAAGCUAGGAGACGCCCUCUUCCUCAAGGAGGCACAAAGGACUUCCAGAAAACAAAUCCCUUCAGCUGAGCAACAGAGAUGUUUUCUGUGAUAUCUGGGCAUUUAUUUCCAUGGCCAAUAUGUCUUAAGAAGUCUCCUUGUUUGGGGGAAUCCAGCUUGUUUUUCCAAAUGUACGGUCAGGUUAGAAUAUGUUUUCAGCAGAGCACAUGGUUUAUAUUUACAGUGAACGGGCGCUUCGUCGAGUGAAAAUGGACCAAGUAGUUGUUUUGAAUGUCGGUGGGGCAGCUAGCACCAGCGGCGUGCAAUCAGAGCUGCUGCAGCGUUAGCAGGGAGCCGCUCCAACAGUGGGCUCAGGGGAGAUGAUGAUGAUGAUGAUGAUGAUGAUGAUGAUGGUGAUCACGAUGCUCGCAGUGAUGAGUUCUCCAGCUGUGGCCAGUUGGACCCGAGCGCAGAGAGAGGGGGAGGAAGAGGGAUUUCGUAGAGGAGCAAUGGAAAAAUGGACCCUAAAAAACAAAAGCAGUGAAGUAGGAUCUUGGGAGGAGACUUGGAGAAUGUGUUCCACCGAACAGAGGAUCUGGAUUACCACUCCCAGUCGCACACGGGUGGGGAAAUGAACGGAGGCCAAAGCUGAUGCAUCAUAGUCGAGUAUAAAGGAUUUUGGAUGAGCUUUUAAGGUCUAAUUAAUCCAAGCAUGACAAACGCAGUCAUGCCACAAAGAACACAAAAUAUGGGUGUGAAGUUCUGGUGAUAGACGGAGCUAUUCAUACCAGAGCCGCGCGCUCUGUUGUGACGCUGUGCAAGAUGAAUUAUAAACAGUGAAACAAUUACCUUUCAGUUUGAUUCUAAUUAUGCACCUGAAGAUAAGUGAGAGUACAUCUUAUUAAACCGUACAGUCCUACAUUCCAGGAUUUCAAAGAACAACUUCUGUCGGGACUCGAAAAAGUCUUGUUUAAUACUUAAUGUGGUUAAAAGUGUAAAUCACAGGAUUGUGCAUCAGUAUGGCUCGAGUGUGUUUUGUUCAUUUUGGGUCUCGAAUCCCCCCUCCCCCCCCCCAAAAAAAAAAAGAUGUGUUGAACAUGUUUGCCUGUAUCCCCCCCCCCUGCCUUUUCUGUUAUCGGUCACCAGUAUUUGGCUUUACAGGAGUCCCGUUUGGUGUCAUUUCUUCCACCCAACCCCCGGCUGCAUUGGUGCCACUUUGUGAGAUAGUGUUUGCAGUUAUAACCAACUGCUACCAACAACCCAUCUUUUUUGUUGUUUUUUUGUCUCGUGACUCCCUGUCCAGAUCUACAGCAUCUGCAUUAUUACGCAGCAUUAAAGUGACGAACGCCAACGCAGUGUGCCCCCCCCCCCCAUUUGAAGGAUUUAGGAGAUUUUAAUGUGCCUUCACAGCUUUCUGUCAACCAAAGGUUAAGCGUCCUAUUUUUUCUUUUUUCUUCCCACUUCUCUUGUCACCACUGCGUGCUAUUUGGUAAAAGCUUUGCAUGUGCGUCAGUCUGAUUUUGUGAGCGAUGUGUCGGGGGGGGGGGGGGGGGUGUCAUCCUUACAGAAAAGGGUAUUUCCUCAUUUAGCUGUUGGCUGAAGAUGUUUUUUGUCAUGCAUAAAAUGCCCAUUAGGUGAUAUUGUGUGUAGUUUCAAGUGACCUUACCUUUGCUGAUUUCAUCAAGUAUAACUUCUUAAGUGAAAAGUGAAUGCCUACAUGUAACAGUCUUAAAAUAUGUGCUGAUGUUUAUUCAGAAACAUAACCCGCAGGUGUGAUGUAAUCAUGACCUGAAUCUCAUGUACGAGCACCUCAAGUAAACGGCAUCGCGUAUCGUUCGGUCGUGAAGGAACUGUCACGGUUUCCAUGGUUUUGUGUGUGCGUUUCAUACGAGACUUAGUGUAAGACAUUCACUUUUGCAGUUUAGCCACUUAAAUAUGUAAAGAAAAAAAAUCCUCAAUACUUAAAUGUUUUUACUUGAUAUUCAAAUACAGAACUGCGGUAUCUCUUUGCAUAGAUAUCGGCAUAAACUGGGAUCUUUUUUUUCAUUUUACACCAACGGAGGCCGCAUGAGCAGAGCCUUGUAGCUGUACAGAAAUGGUUUUGCUUAAAAAAAAACAAAAGGUCAUUUGUGACGGAUAUUAUCAAGAGAUUGUUUAUCAAACUCUUUUUUCAAGAACUACAUUUGCAGCCGGACAACUUUUUUUUUUUUUUUUUUUUCAUCUGCCAAAACCAAUCCUGAGAUAAUCUUGAAUCUCCAGAUUGAUUCCUUCUUAAUAUUCAGAACAAAUGACCCGUGUUGAACUUUGGUGCUUUUGUGCUGCUUCUUGUUCUUUGUCUCACAAAGCUUUUUUUUUUUUUUUUUUUCUGUAUGAGAGAGUGAAGAAAAACAGAUCCAUGCUGUGUACAUGAUAAAAAGGCAGUGCUGUGAAAUUUAAUGUCAUGCUCUUAAUACUGUUUUUAUGGAGGGGGAGAUCGUCUUCAGGUGUAAUAAUUUAGAAGAGUUUAUUAGAGUGUUCGAAAGACAUAAUAAACGGCAUAAAAAGGAUCAUGUCUUGUUUUUAUCUGUCGCGAUGUCAGAACACUACAAUGAUUGUUAAAUGUUGGUACUUUUUGUCUUAAAAUGGUAUUUUUACCGGAUUAAAAAAACGCAGCAUUUGACAAAAUGA